AUGGGUUAUUUGAUAUACAUGGAUUCAUCACUGACAGUUGCUAAAGACCCCAAUAUCGAUGGUGGUUGGGGAUGGAUGGUAGUUUUCUCUACUUUUAUCAUCCAUGUGAUCACUGAUGGAGUGAUGUAUUCGUUCGGAGUAUUCUACGCACAGUUUCUCGAGUACUUUGAAACCACUGGUGCCUUGGCUUCUCUUGUAAUGUCUAUCUUCGUCGGUUCCUGUUGUGUUGCAGGUCCCAUAGCAAGUGCUUUGAUAAAUAAGUAUGGUUGUAGAAUAGUUAGCAUUCUGGGGACAGUGGUUUCGUGCGCAGGAUUUCUUUUUAGCUUGGUCGCAAGCAGUAUUGAAGUGUUAUUCGUGACAAUUGGAGUAAUUGCUGGUCUUGGAUUUGGAUUGAUAUAUCUCCCCACCAUAGUCAGCGUCGCCUUGCAUUUUAAUCUAAAGCGCUCUAGUGCCAUGGGUAUCUCUAUGGCGGGAUCUGGUAUUGGUUCGAUGUUAUUUGCACCCUUUCUAGAAUGGCUAAUCAAUUAUUACGGCAGCUGGAAAGGGGCACUAAUCAUAACCACAGGACUUACACUCCAUUGCUUAGUGUUCAGUUUCUUCUACCGCGAAUUUGAAGCCGUUGUAGAAAUCCCAAUCCCAAUGGAUAUAGAAGGAGAACCAUCGCUCUCAGAUAUUCAAGAGAUUAUCGAUCCUUAUGGGUUGCCUCCUCUCACCCCAGGAGAAUCAAGCCGGCGGCUGAGCAUAGUUGGUAGUAACAUCAUCUUACGUCGACCAUCUGUUGCCGCAAACCAACCAGGCUUAAUGCAAAAGCCUGAUAUUUUGUACCAUGGCAGUGCAGUACCUGAAACUGAACCAGUCCCGGAAGAUGCCGAACAUUUACCAGUCGUUCCAACGACUGUUCCGUCAGCAAUAAGUUCGCUAACAGCGCAAAGAGAACCUUGCUUGGGUUUCGUAAAAACUCUUCAAGAAAUGUUGAAAGUGUCACUGUUAGGGAAUUAUGUGUUCCUCACAGCGCACAAGGAAGUCUCCUCCUAUCCAUAA